AUGGGAUUCGGGGAUUUCAACUCGAUAUGCGAAAAGACGCCUAUGCCACUAUGCCUCCUUGUAGGCCCAGAAUCUACGAUCACCGGGUCCGGGUCGAGGGGCAUAGUAUCGAACUGCUAUGCCCGAAAUAUCGAGGUCGCCAACACGAUGAUCUUUGAAGGCGCUGCCUCGUUCAUGCAUAUCAUUGCUCUCUCGAUGACCGUCAUCAUGAUUUUACACAUUCGAUCCAAGUUCACCGCUGUCGGCCGUAAGGAGAUCCUCACCUUCUUCUAUCUAUAUCUAGCUCUCACAAUCUUCUCCCUUAUCAUUGACGCGGGCGUUGUCCCACCAAGGAGCGGACCAUUCCCGUACUUCGUGUCCAUCCAAAAUGGAUUAGUGUCCGCCCUAUGCACUUGCUUACUGGUCAACGGAUUCGUCGGGUUCCAACUAUAUGAGGAUGGCACUUCAUUAUCUGUAUGGCUAAUCCGGAUUCCGUCCGCAGUCAUGUUUGCCAUCACAUUCGUCAUUUCCCUGCUGACCUUCAAGUCAUGGGGAGGAAGUGGUUUGGGGCCCGAGAACACAGUCGGUCUUUUCGUGGUGCUCUACAUCCUCAACGCCAUCUGUAUCGCAAUCUACAUUGUCAUGCAACUACUAUUGGUGGUGAACACGCUGAACGACCGCUGGCCUCUCGGACAUAUCUGCUUUGGUGUGGCAGUCUUGAUCAUUGGUCAGGUGCUUCUUUAUGCUUUCAGUGAUCUCAUCUGCAACAACGUCCAGCAUUAUCUGGAUGGUCUAUUUUUUGCAACUUUCUGCAACUUGCUCGCGGUGAUGAUGGUCUACAAGUUCUGGGAUUCGAUUACUACAGAAGAUUUGGAAUUCUCCGUCGGUGUCAAAGCCAAUACCUGGGAAGUCAAGGAGCUCCUGACAGAAGAAGACCGGCGUCAAACCGUUUACCAAGACACCAAUUCUGAAUAUGGGGGUAGCAUGCGUGCAAGUGGACAUCACCAUCACCGCACGUCGCAUUACGGUCACCGCAACUAG